AUGAACAGCGCGACACCCUUCGCGUCGACGUUCGUCGGCCUCACCUCGGCCUCGUCGUCGUACCACCGCGCGCCGGCCGCGCACCGUCUGCACUCGCGCACGACGUUCGUCUCGGACGCGCUGCGGGUGAGCGGCUCCGUGCUGCCGCGCAUCUUUCCCUCGGUCCUCUUUGUCACGCUCUACGCUACGCUCAUCGCGGCGGCGGACCUGUGGUACGACCGCCAGUGGCGCACGAGCAACAGCGUCAUUGGCCCGCUCUCGGUCGUCGUGGGACUCCUCAUCGUCUUUCGCAACUCGUCGAGCUUCGAACGCUGGAACGAGGGCAGGCGCGUAUGGCAGGACGCCAGCGCCACGGUCAAGAACCUCGCCAUCCUCGUAUGGUGCAACGUCGACGUCGACGGUGGUCUGCCGGGCACAACGGCCUCCUCAACCCAAACUGCGAAUGCGAAUGCGGAUGCGACUGCGACUGCGACUGCGACUGCGGCUGCGACUGCGGCUGGGGCCGACGCGGACGAGGCGACGCGGCAAAAGAGGUUUGAGCGAAAGAAGCGCGCCGUCAAGCUGCUCAUGGCGUGGAUGAUUGCCGUCAAGCACCACAUCCGCGGCGAGUACGGCUGGCAGUACGCGGACCUGGCCAACGUGCUGCCCGACGACCUCAAGGUGUACGUCGCCCGCGGUGGAUCCGCCAGGAUUCGCCCGCCCAGCACCGCCGACGGCGAUGGCGGCUUCCUCUCGACGUACGCCAUCCUCCGUCGCGGCCAGGCGGUGGCGGCCAAUGCCUUUGGCGGCGGCAAGGGUAGCCCGCCGCUGGAUGGCGAGGGCGACGAGGCUGACGGCCCCGAUCGUGACCCGGGAUCCUUGCGCAAGGCGGCCGAUAUCGAGUCGAGGGGCGAACGAGAGCCGCUGCUGUCUGGCGCAGGCGCUGCAGGCAGCACGACCAGGAUCAGGACCGACAGUGCUGCCGCUGCCGCCGCCACCGCCGCCGCCACGACGCUCCUCUCGUCUUCGACGACGACGGACACGACCGACCUGCCGACGCGCAUCCUGACGGCGCUGCACGUCUACGUGGCGGGCGUGCACCGCGCCGAUCUGCUGCCGUCGGGACCGUUCCACGGUGUGCUGGUGACGAACCUGCUGACGCUGUCGCAGCACUUCUCGUCGCUGCUUCGCAUCUCGCGCACGACGAUCCCGCAGAUCUACAGCAUCCACCUCAAGCAGUCGUGCCUGCUGUACCUGCUUGCGCUGCCGCUGACGCUGGUGGGCGAGUUGGGCUGGAGGAUGGUUCCGUUUGUGACGCUGGUGGCCAUCACGCUCAUGGGCCUCGAGGGCAUCUCGAGCGAGGUCGAGUUCUGCUUUGGCCUCGAUGCCAGCGACCACCCGCUCGACGAGUGGUGCGCCGAGCUGCGCACCGAUCUCGAGAGGCUGAUUGACGAGGUCGAGGAUGAGGUGCAGGACGAGUAG